AUGGAUGUGAAACGUCAACUAGUUUUGAAUUUGCACAAAAAAGGUUUGCGACAAGUUGAUAUUUUUCGGAAGCUUCAGAGCGAAAAUAUCAAUUUGAGAUUUAUUCAGCGCACCAUAAAACGAUACAAGGAACAUGAGACAGUCGAUGUGAAGCGAAAACUGGGCAGAAAAAAAUCCGUUAGAACAAAAGAUCUGGUCAAAAAGGUACGAGACAAAAUUCGUCGAAAUAACAAAAGAAGCGCUAGAAUCUUGGCUCGUGAGCACAAUAUCAGUCGAUCUUCAAUGCGACGAGUGUUGAAAGAAGAUUUGGGAGUUAAACCAUUUAAAAAAACACGAAAACACGGCUUGACAAUCAAAAAUAAGCAAGAUAGAAAGCAAAAAUGCAAAGAACUGCUACGCCGGCGCGCAACCUCAAACAUUGUUUUUUUCAGACGAAAAGUUGUUUCUUUUGCAGCCAAGUCUCAUGCGCAAAAUGAUCGCGUGUAUGCAGCGUCAAUUAAGGACAUUCCUGAAGAUGAUUUAGUCGUUGAACGAUUUCAAAAUGUGUCGAGUGUUAUGGUUUGGGCCGCCGUUUUUGCCGGCCACAAAUUUCCCCUUGUUUUCGUUGAAAAAGGCGUUAAAAUUAACGCAGCUGUGUAUGAAGAAGAAAUAUUGCGCAAAAACUUGUUGCCACAUGCCGAAGCUGUGUAUGAAGAAGAAAUAUUGCGCAAAAACUUGUUGCCACAUGCCAAAGCUGUGUUUG